AUGGUCGGUCGAAGCUGGGCUUCUAACAAGGAUGAAAUCUAUGUACUUGAGAAGGGAAAGCAUGGUGUAGCUGGCAUUAGCGGGGCGGAUGGUAAAGGAGGAGAGACAACUGAACGGAUAGAGUGGGCGCGGAAAGAGAGCGGAUGGGCGGAAGUGGAGGGGGAAUUGCUGCGGAAUGGGGAAAAUUUCGACAGCCGCAGGGAUUCGGAGGAAGCGGAACGAGUGGGGGAGUUAUCACAAGAGGGAAAGGGGGAGAUGGCGGGAAGCGAGAAUGGGGAAGAUGGCGGAUCUGCGGAAAGGGAAGGGAGAGAAGCGGGGCGGAGAACGAGGGAGGGACGGCGACGGGGGACGACGAGAGAGGAGGGGGGAAGGGAGGUGACGGGUCGGGGGGGCGCGCGGAGCGACGAGACGGCGGAAGAAGGGUUUGCGGACGCGAAGAUGCGCGGAAAUAACGAGGGCACUUUAGAGAGCAGCGACGAGAGUAGCGAGGAGAGAGGCGACGAGAGAAGCGUGGCAGAGUCGAGAGAAUCCGAAGAGACGAAGGAGAACGGGAAAAAACGGAGGAAGGGGAAGAAGAAGCGGCAGAGGCGAUGUCGGGAACUCGGUGUGCCCUGCUCCUCGCGUAUGUCGAAGAAGGAUCGAGUGAAGCAGUCGCUCGAGGCGCUGACCCUCCCGAUUGGCGGGCGGAUUCUUUCGCCGUUAGAUUCGCCGGAGAUUCAGAAGCUGUUGGAGCCGCGGGGUAGGGUGUUGCUGCCGGGAAGCGGCCGUUCGAAGUGCGCCGUCCGCUUUACCCCCCUGCAGGGCUUUCUAGAGGAGGCGGAGAAAUGGCAUGCGGAGCUGGGGAGGCGGAUCGGGGGAGGAGAUGGGCGGGAGGCGGAAGGAGCAGACAGCGGAGCGGAAGGAGAAGCGGAAGGUGGGGCACGCGUGGAAGCAGAGGGGGGAGCGGCAGGCGGGAAAGCAGCGGAGGAAGGUUCGUUGCGGUUUCCUGUGCGGGUGGUGACGGGGCGAGUGAGGACAAGGCGGCUAGUGGGCGACGAUGACACGGCGCUGAUCGUGCGGGCAGUGAACUACGGCUUUGCUGCAUGCGAGUUCAGCCCUUUCCACUCGAAGCCGCGCCACGAGAAGGACCACCCCAUUCCCAGCAACCACAGCGCCAUACAGCACCGGCCAGAGCUGCUGGCACUGGCAGCAGAGAUGGGUGGGGCGAUGGGUGGGGGGGAGUAUGACGCAGUGCAUGUGCGGCGAGGGGACAAGCUCAACCCCAACAUGUGGCCUCACCUCGACCGCGACACACGACCCCCUGCUUCCCGUCUUUUCCUGCUCUCUGCAACCCUACUGCCUCUCUACUCCUGGCCCUUGAAGAAACUUCCCGAGGUCAUUGCACCUGGACGCACUCUCCUCCUUGACACUCACUUCUCCCCACCCAUUUCCCUCCUUUCCCCUCUUCCCCAUUGCUCUUGA